AUGACGAUCGACAAGAUCCAAGUGAUGGUCGACAUCAUGAACUUCGACAUGCUCAGGCUGCUGAUGUGGGAUAUGUCCGACAUCGAUAACUUGAAAAAACUGUUGGGGAGAGACAUGAUUACCCACGACUUCGGUAUCAUUGAGGACGAGUAUGUCUUGUACCAGAUGAUGUUCGGGCCCGAGUUCCUACUAUUUUGGGAAGACGGUUCCGAGUUGUUCAUGAGGUACAGAGAUGCGUUGCUAGAGUUCCCGAUUACAGAUAACAACAAGAAAGCGGUGAUAUUGGACGACGUCACGGACGAGAAGGAAAACUUCGCUUCCACAAGUUUGCCAAACCUGUUCAGGACGGAGCACAUGUCGUCCGAAGUCAAGGCCUUGAAGACAGAGAUCUCGAAGUCCUUUAAGUUGCCCAAAGACCUGCAACUGUUGUCCAGUAGCUCUGACAUCGUGGAGACGGAGAGGAUUAGAAACCACAUGGAACAGCUGCUGGACAUAUCAAAGGUCUAUGAGACCAGCGAGAUGAUGUCAGCAAGGGCGACAGAUAUCUUCAAGACCGUCAUUGAGAUGGCGGAGGGGAUCGAGCUUAAGAUGUUCAUGGGGCCUGUACACGAAAUGCUGAUUGAUACCGUCCUGACGGUGACAAAGGCGGAGGCCAUGUUCCAGGAGAAGUACAAUACUCAAACGAGAUCAUCCGAGUUCAUGAGGUACAGGAACAUCAUCGUGAAGUCCGGGGAGAGGUUCGCCACGGAGAAAAUGAUAAUCAAGGCACUGGUUAAGCCAGCCUUAAGAACCUCUUUGUUACAAAACGCUAUGAGGGAGGACUUCAGGAAGAUGUUCAAAGUGAGCAACAAGAAAAACCUCUUGCACCAUGUUAUCAAGGAGUUCAAGCUGAAAAAGAAAUCCGUGUUCAGGAUGAUCAAGUCCUUCUACAAUGCCAAAUGCGUGAGGAUCAACUUGAAAGUCGCCAUUGGGGAGAAGGCUGGGAAUCAAAUUGUGAACAACCUGGUGGCAGUGAAAUCGUGGAAAGAUGAAUCCGAGCAUGUCUACAAAAAGACAAAGGUGUACCUGGAUGCCAGGUUUGAGGAGUUCGAAAACAUCGGUUUGCAUUGCAAGCACGUGAGAGGUGGCAGCAGCGUGAUGGGACAACAUGAUUUCACGGGCAUAACAUUGCUAAGGCAUUCUGCGGGGCAGUCCGUGAGGCACUCGUCCAAACUUUCACAGAAUUUCUACAGUUUGGGGCCAGGGCUCGAAUUUCAUCAGCAAGUCGUGGACGCCUUUUGUGCAGAAACGCCUCAUCCAUGUCCAUCCGGACAACGCCGCGUCUCCCAAUACCGCAGGACCGUAUCUGUGGCUGGCUGCCAGGGCCAAGUCUUUCGUGAAAUUGUAGCAGAGCUGUUGCAGCGACGGGACGCUUUGAAAACAUCUCCAGAUGACAUCAUUUUCUUCGACGAUUCCACUCUGGCUACGACCUGUGCUCUUGAACUGCUGGGUGGUGAUGGAGGAGCUGUGCUUGUGCCAUUCCCAGGAUUUCCAUCAACAUACCUAGCAAGCGCAAGUGCGGGGAAGCAACCAAUCCCUUAUUUCCUGGACGCAACACUGUCCUGGGAUGUCACAUUAGAAACUCUUGAGACUUUGCGCAAAAUGAUUGCAAAACAAGGUGCCCAUGUGAUUCGGGUCCUUGCAUUGCAAAACCCUGGGCCUGCAGGCCAGCUGCUCUCUGCAGAGUGCUUGCAACGAUGCCUCGAAUUUGCUGCUGAGCAGGGCUUAGGGGUGAUGAUUCAGGAGGAUGACUCCUUGGUUCAUGGCCGCGACUUUGUGCAUUGCCGCCAUGUGGCCCAAGAAAUGAAGAGCGAUGUCCGAAUAGUCACCUGUGUUGCCAUGCAGGAUUUGUCUGAGCAGGUGGGUGAACAGAUCGGUGCAUUUCUUCAGCUGCAGAAUGUGGGACUUUCACCGAACCUUCGUUCGAAGGUGCCAACCUUGAGGUCACAGGCGUGGAUCUCAAGCCUUCUGAGCGGCAUUCCUUCGGACAGUUCGGUCUACGCGACUGCGCGAGAACAUGAAGAUAAAAUCAGCAAGGUGCUUUCACUCAAUGCCGCGAAAGCACGGUCAGUAUUCAAUGACGUAAGUGGCAUGUUUUGUGCUGAAACUGUGGCUGGAGCGCAUGUUUUUCCGCAGAUCACCGUGAAAGGAUUUCUGAUGAAGAAGGCCAUUUCACUUGGACGUCCAGCUGAUGCUGUCUAUUCUUCAGAGCUGUUGGAGAGGGCCGGCAUCACCACAGUCAUGACCCUUGAAGAGCUGAAUUGCAGUGAAUUUAUGGAGGCCAUUCGGGCGAUUUUGACGCCAUCAUUAGCCAAGAAGACGGUUGGGAGUUAUGGCAGAGCGGAGCUCAACUUGAGUCAGGCCUUGAAGUAUUGCUUGAAGUUGGCCGACACUGACAAGAACGGCACGCUGGACUUUCAGGAGUUCGAACAUUUCCUGCGCAAGCUACGGCAUCCGAAACCUCCCAUGGAGCUGGCAACGCUCUACAUGUCCAUGUUCGAUGCUGAUCCGGACGCUUUCCUCGAGGAAUUCGAGUUUCGCGACAUGUGGAGAUACUUCACGGGCCGUGCGCCCACAGCCGACGAGUUUCAGAUGCAUUGGUCCCAGAUGGAUCUCCUCCGAGUAGGACGAGUUUCCAAGAAGGACUUGGCCAAGUGGCUGAAGAACGGUGCACCCCAGGCCUUUAGGAGCUUGGCGCCCCCGGUGGAAGGUGACAGGCCUGAGGCACCUCCUCCCAGUUGGGACCUGAACUUUUCAGCUCAGGCCAGUGGCCAGUGCAGCGGCAAAACUGCGCUGCUGCGCUGA